CAUACAUGUAUGUAUUUGUAUGAUUUUUAUUCACUUAUUUGAAGGACAGAGAUUUACUCCCCAGAUGUCUGCAGCCAGUUGGCGUUGGGCCAGGUCAUGUCCGGGAGCUGAAGAUGCAGUCCGGGUCCUGUGGUAGAGGAUCUCGCCUGCCUCACCAUCGCCUGCCGCCCAGGUUGGAAUCUGGGGUGGAGCCAGGGCUUGGGCCUAGGUACUCUGACAUGGGAGAAUUGAGUGAGAAAUUCAGAAGACUGAAGCCCAGGCUCACUGUCUACCUUUCACGGAGGCCUAGCCGUGAGAGGACAGAAGAAGGCACGUGGCGAAUCAUGACAGCUGACAAAGACAAAGACAAAGAGAAGGACCGGGACCGGGACCGGGACCGGGAGAGAGAGAAAAGAGACAAAGCCCGGGAGAGCGAGAAUUCGAGGCCCCGCCGGAGCUGCACCUUGGAAGGAGGAGCCAAAAAUUACGCUGAGAGUGACCACAGUGAAGACGAGGACAAUGACAACAGUGCCACCACAGAAGAGUCCACCAAGAAGAACAAGAAGAAGCCACCGAAAAAAAAAUCUCGCUACGAAAGGACGGACACUGGCGAGAUAACAUCCUACAUCACUGAGGAUGACGUUGUCUACCGGCCAGGAGACUGUGUGUAUAUUGAGAGUCGGAGACCAAACACACCGUAUUUCAUCUGUAGCAUCCAAGACUUCAAACUGGUCCACAACUCCCAGGCCUGUUGCAGAUCUCCAACUCCUGCUUUGUGCGACCCCCCAGCAUGCUCUCUGCCGGUGGCACCACAGCCACCACAGCAACUUUCUGAAGCCGGGAGAGGGCCUGUAGGGAGUAAGAGGGACCAUCUGCUCAUGAACGUCAAAUGGUACUACCGUCAGUCUGAAGUUCCAGAUUCUGUGUAUCAACAUUUGGUUCAGGAUCGACAUAAUGAAAAUGACUCUGGAAGAGAACUUGUCAUCACAGACCCUGUUAUCAAGAACCGGGAGCUCUUCAUUUCUGAUUAUGUCGACACGUACCAUGCCGCUGCCCUGAGAGGGAAGUGCAACAUCUCCCACUUUUCUGACAUCUUUGCUGCGAGAGAGUUUAAAGCUCGAGUGGAUUCGUUCUUCUACAUCCUGGGCUACAACCCUGAGACCAGGAGGCUGAACAGUACCCAGGGAGAAAUUCGUGUUGGUCCUAGCCAUCAGGCCAAACUGCCAGAUUUGCAGCCAUUUCCUUCUCCAGAUGGCGAUACUGUGACCCAGCAUGAAGAACUCGUCUGGAUGCCUGGGGUGAACGACUGUGACCUUCUCAUGUACCUGCGGGCGGCCAGGAGCAUGGCUGCAUUUGCCGGGAUGUGUGAUGGAGGCUCCACGGAAGAUGGCUGUGUCGCUGCGUCUCGGGAUGACACCACACUCAAUGCACUGAACACACUCCAUGAAAGCGGUUACGAUGCUGGCAAGGCCCUGCAGCGCCUGGUGAAGAAGCCGGUGCCCAAGCUGAUCGAGAAGGGCUGGACUGAGGAAGAAGUGAAACGCUUCGUGAAGGGCCUCAGGCAGUACGGCAAGAACUUCUUCAGAAUCAGGAAGGAGCUGCUUCCCAAUAAGGAAACGGGGGAGCUGAUCACCUUCUAUUACUACUGGAAGAAAACGCCCGAAGCGGCCAGCUCGCGCGCCCACCGUCGUCACCGGAGGCAGGCCGUGUUCAGGCGCAUAAAGACCCGCACUGCAUCCACUCCUGUCAGCACGCCCUCCAGGCCUCCCUCCAGUGAAUUUUUGGACCUGAGUUCUGCCAGCGAGGAUGACUUUGACAGUGAGGACAGCGAGCAGGAGCUGAAGGGUUACGCCUGCCGCCACUGCUUCACCACCACCUCCAAAGAUUGGCACCACGGGGGCCGGGAGAACGUCCUGCUGUGCACCGACUGCCGCAUCCACUUCAAGAAGUACGGCGAGCUCCCGCCCGUCGAGAAGCCCGUGGAUCCGCCGCCCUUCAUGUUCAAGCCCGUCAAGGAGGAGGAGGAUGGGCUCAGCGGGAAGCAUAGCAUGAGGACGCGGCGGAGUCGGGGCUCGAUGUCUACACUACGCAGUGGUCGCAAGAAGCAGCCAGCCAGCCCUGACGGUCGCACCUCGCCCAUCAAUGAAGACAUCCGCUCCAGUGGCCGCAAUUCCCCCAGCGCCGCCAGCACCUCCAGCAACGACAGCAAAGCGGAGACCGUGAAGAAGUCGGCCAAGAAGGUGAAGGAGGAAGCCUCAUCCCCGCUAAAGAGCACCAAGCGACAGCGUGAGAAGGUGGCCUCCGACACAGAGGAGUCAGACAGGACCAGCUCCAAGAAGACCAAAACCCAGGAGAUCAGCCGGCCCAACUCCCCAUCGGAAGGUGAAGGCGAGAGUUCAGACAGCCGCAGUGUCAACGAUGAGGGAAGCAGUGACCCCAAAGACAUUGACCAGGACAAUCGCAGCACGUCCCCCAGCAUCCCCAGUCCCCAGGACAAUGAGAGUGACUCAGACUCAUCUGCUCAGCAGCAACUGCUGCAGGCCCAGCCCCCAGCCCUGCAGGCCCCCGGGGGGGCUCCUGCCACCCCCUCAGCAGCACAGGCCGGAGCAUCCCAGCUCCCUACCCCGGGCUCUACAGCCUCUGCCGCUGCACCCCCUGCGCAGGGCUCCCCUGCAGCUGUGCCGCCUCCUAGCCAGCCUCCAGCCCCGGUAGCACCUGCUGCACACUCGCACAUCCAGCAGGCUCCUGCCCUGCACCCUCCACGGCUGCCCUCGCCACACCCUCCAGCUGGCCAGGCACCCACUCCCACUCACAGCCAGCCUGCCCUGCAUGGCCAGGGCCCACAUGGCCUACAGGCCGGUCCGCUGCUGCAGCACCCAGGGCCCCCCCAGCCUUUUGGCCUUCCUCCUCAGACCUCCCAAGGCCAGGCUGCCCUGGGCGCCUCCCCAGCCACCACACACCCUCACAGCACCUUGCAGCUCCCAGCCACCCAGGCAACAUUGCAGGCUCAGCAGCCCCCGAGGGAGCAGCCCUUACCACCAGCACCAUUGGCCAUGCCACAUAUCAAGCCCCCUCCCACCACGCCCAUCCCCCAGCUGCCAGCACCUCAGGCCCAUAAGCACCCUCCUCACCUCUCGGGGCCAUCACCCUUCUCCAUGAACGCCAACCUGCCACCCCCGCCGGCCCUGAAGCCCCUAAGCUCCCUGUCCACACACCACCCACCGUCAGCUCACCCCCCUCCACUGCAGCUCAUGCCCCAGAGCCAGCCUUUGCCCUCCUCUCCUGCCCAGCCCCCUGGGCUGACCCAGAGCCAGAACCUGACUCCUGCUGCUGCCUCCCACCCCCCAGCCAGCCUCCACCAGGUGCCCCCCCAGCCCCCAUUUGCUCAGCACUCCUUUGUCCCUGGAGGCCCAUCCUCCAUCACCCCUCCCACCUGCCCCUCCACCUCCACCCCACCUGCGGGGCCCAGCACCUCAGCCCAGCCGCCUUGCUCUGCUGCUGUCUCUUCGGGAGGUGGCAUUCCAGGGGGGGCCUCCUGCCCGCUCCCCACUGUGCAGAUCAAGGAGGAGAUUCGCGAUGAUGCUGAGGAGCCCGAGAGCCCCCCGCCCCCUCCGAGGAGCCCAUCCCCCGAGCCCACGGUGGUGGACACCCCCAGCCACGCCAGCCAGUCUGCCAGGUUCUACAAGCACCUGGACCGGGGCUACAACUCCUGUGCACGGACGGACCUGUACUUCAUGCCCUUGGCCGGCUCCAAACUGGCCAAGAAGAGGGAGGAGGCCAUUGAGAAGGCCAAGCGGGAGGCUGAGCAGAAGGCCCGGGAGGAGCGCGAGCGGGAGAAAGAAAAGGAGAAGGAACGCGAGCGGGAGCGGGAGAGAGAGGCCGAGCGUGCAGCUAAGGCGUCCAGCUCAGCACACGAAGGUCGUCUUAGUGAGCCGCAGCUCACGGGGCCGGGCCACAUGCGGCCAUCCUUCGAGCCACCGCCAACGACCAUUGCUGCUGUGCCCCCCUACAUUGGGCCUGACACGCCUGCCCUCCGGACCCUGAGCGAGUAUGCUCGACCCCAUGUCAUGUCGCCCACCAACCGCAACCACCCCUUCUACAUGCCCCUCAACCCCACUGAUCCCCUGCUGGCUUACCACAUGCCUGGCCUCUACAACGUGGACCCCACGAUCCGUGAACGGGAGCUGCGGGAGCGGGAGAUCCGCGAGCGAGAGAUUCGCGAGCGGGAGCUGCGGGAGAGGAUGAAGCCAGGCUUCGAGGUGAAGCCCCCGGAGCUGGACCCCCUGCACCCGGCCACCAACCCCAUGGAGCACUUCGCCCGGCACAGUGCCCUCACCAUCCCCCCUGCAGCUGGCCCACACCCAUUUGCAUCUUUCCACCCGGGUCUGAACCCUUUGGAACGUGAGAGACUGGCCUUGGCGGGCCCCCAGCUGCGACCCGAGAUGAGCUACCCCGACAGACUCGCGGCCGAGCGCAUCCACGCUGAGCGCAUGGCGUCUCUGACCAGCGACCCCCUGGCCCGACUGCAGAUGUUCAAUGUGACCCCACACCAUCACCAGCACUCACACAUCCACUCUCACCUCCACCUUCACCAGCAGGACCCUCUCCACCAAGGAUCAGCAGGUCCAGUUCACCCACUGGUCGACCCCCUGACUGCUGGCCCUCACUUGGCCCGCUUCCCCUACCCGCCUGGCACUCUCCCCAACCCUCUGCUUGGACAACCUCCCCAUGAGCACGAGAUGCUGCGUCACCCAGUGUUUGGCACCCCCUACCCCCGAGACUUGCCUGGGGCCAUCCCACCCCCCAUGUCGGCAGCCCACCAGCUGCAGGCCAUGCAUGCCCAGUCCGCGGAGCUGCAGAGACUGGCCAUGGAGCAGCAAUGGCUGCAUGGACACCCCCACAUGCACGGCGGCCACCUCCCGAGUCAGGAGGAUUAUUACAGCCGACUGAAGAAAGAAGGUGACAAGCAGUUGUAAGUUACUCAGCUGUUAGUGCUGCUGUGGAGAUACCAGGACUUUUCACAGACAAUAGGAGCUGCAAAAGCAAAGAGAGUAUCUUCUAGAUUUCUUUAUAUAUUUAAAACCCCACGACUACAACCGUGUCGCAUCCUGGUGUUCGUUUGUGGAGAGGAGUCCCUGGAACGGUGUGGGCCCCCUGCAUGCCCCCCAGCAGCCGAGCCGGCCCUGGGUGGGGCUGAGCCUGCAGCGCACUUCCCGCCGCCCCGGGCUCUGGCUUUAGUGUUCUCCUGAGUUCUUGGUAGGUGCUAGCGUCCGGUCCUCGCCUCCGCUGAGUGUGCCGGAGCCCACGGGGCGGGCAGACAGGCAGCAUAUGUGUGGGAUCCAAGAGCUAUAAUUUUUAAAAAAUCUUUUAUUUUAAUACAUUGUAGGAAAUCUUCAUAAUUUGAAAAGUUCUGCAGCAUGGCUUUUUAUGUCUGUAAAUAAAUAAUUUUAGAACAGCCUUUUUUUCCUUCCACAAACUACUAUUCUGAUCUAUUUUUUCCAGCCAUGUCACUACUUGUGAAUUCCUACCAGCUAUUGACAGAAUACAGAGUUGAUUUUUUAAUAAAAAGUUCUAUAUAAUUCUCCCUUUCAUUAAAGGGACAGGAGGGCGUCACUGGUGGCAGGCAGGCAGCAGCUUGGGCCUGGGCGCCAUCGCGGCAGCUGCGGGGGCAGGGCGGCCUUUGGACACCUUGCUUGGCUGGUGCGUGUGCUGCCCCCGGCGGCCGUGCUUGGGCAGGUGGAGCUCUUUGGUUUUGCACAAGGAGAACAGGAGCUGAAUGUUGGUGUUCUGUUCCUGGGUGUCCCUGUUGUUCUGUCUGCAGGAUGGAAAGCACGUGUCUGUGUGUCUGACUGUAGGUUUCCUUCUAGAUUUCUAUGCACACACAUUGGAUUGUUCUGGAUGAAUUGCCUUUUUUAGUACUCUGGAAAUUUCAUAUACAUUCUAGAAAAGUCAAGAAAGUGGUUCCAUGCAAAUAACUCAGCACACGAGAGGCCCAGGACACACACUUGCCAAAGGAAUCUGCCAGGGCCGUGCGCCUUGGUGCCAGACACCGCUCGCAUCUUCCAUGAGAGGAGAGGCCCUGGCAUGAACAGGCUGGAGUAGCCCAGGCAUGGUGGUCACCCUGGGUUGGGAAGCUACUGGCUCCCACGCUCCAUCCUAGAGGUGGCUCUAGGAGUCCCAGUGACGCAUGUGAAGUGGGUGCCACCAUGCGGGAGGCAGGCCCCUGGCAUGGCUGUCCUGGGUGGAUAUGGCACACUUUCUCCCAGGCAGAGGGUGGGGACAUGGCAGGGACCAGGCUUGCGCCAAGGACGAGGUUGCUUCUGCCUGUGUGUGGCUGGACAGGCAGAGACCACCCUGUGGGGCGGUGGACGCCAAGUGCAUGCGGGAGGCAGGCUGUGCAGGCAUGGGCAGGCAGAGGAGGCCAAGAGCUGGACACAGACCCAGAGGUCUGCGCUCAAGUUCAGGGUCGGGGUUCACUGCAUUAGGGGCGUUUCGCGUUUCUGUUGAAUAUGUUUUUGGUUUCAGUUUGGACAGACAGGAUUGUGUGUCUGUUGGAAAUACGAGUAAUUCUUUUCACUGGUUUUUCUCUCAUUCCAUUCCUGCCUUAACCUUAGUUCUUAGGGGGUAAGGGGCACGAGCUCAGUGAGCCGGCCACGUGGUUCCAGGUGGGCACCCGCUGCUUGCAGCCCGCCCCCUCCAUCCCUGUAGCUUCCUUCUUGGGACAGUGUGGCUGCCAUUCAGCGGAACUUCUCUCCUCUCCCUCUCACCCAUUUUUCCAAAGAGAAAGAGUGAAAGACUUGAAGUCUGAGCUUGGAAACUUGUCUCAAGGUGUUCUCUUGUUCCCUUCAGUUCUCUCUCCACCCCCAGGGGAAGCACUGAGACGCUCUAUCGCCAACCCACGCCCUGAGCCCUUCCCAGUGUAGCCAGUGGAGGCCCAGCUCUGCAGGCCCCCUCGGAGCCGCCCUCGGGUCUCUGUGUUCUGUGUGUAUCGUUCAGUGUUGUCGAGGUCGCUUCCUGUUGCACUGCGGUAGGCGCAGAGCAGAGCAGACCCUCUGACUCCGUUUCUCUCUCUCGAAGCUAAAUGUAAAUAUGAGUAGUCGGCCUGAGACGGCAGUGUGAGCAGAGUAGACACCCAGAAACCGUGACGUCUGUGUCCUCUCCAUUGGAGUAUUUUGUAAUUUUUUUGAAAUAUUUGUGGACUUAAAUAAAACCAAGCUACACUAUA